ACGGAAAAAAACAAACUUACUUUCUGAACAACCCAAUAAUUUACUUAAUACUAGUAAUUAUGAAUAGUGAAAAACCUAAUUAAUUUAGACUAAUUUCUUUUCUUGUGUGUCAAGGAAUUUAAAUUAGACUGUGCUGAAGAUUGAGACGUUCAUAAACAUUAAUUGCAAUUAUGAUAUUUAUAAUGAUGAUUACGAGUAAAAGUGAAACAGUUACUACUUAUUUAAUCAUCUACUUAUUUGCAGGUUAGUCUUGCUGAUUUUUCAGAAAAUCAAUGGGUAACUUGUUUCCAAGAUGUAGCAGAAAAGAUGCUUGGAAUUACAUCUGAAGAAUUGGGCACUUUAAAAGAAACAGAUGAAGAAAAAUUUAAGGAAGUGCUAAUAGAUGCAAAUUUUAAGUCAUUCAUUUUUCGUCUGCGUACAAAAUUGGAAACUUUUAACGAAGAAACAAGAUUAAAAACAACAGUGAUGCAAGCAACACCUGUUAACUGUCAAGAAUAUGCCUCUAAAUUGCUUUCAGAUAUUAAGCAAAUGGAACUUGUUUUGUAAAAAAUUUUAUAGAAAUGUUUAUUUGCAAAUAAGAAUAUCAAAGCAUUUUUUUCAUGUCUGUUUAAUAAUUUGUUUUCAAAUCAUCUGCCAGAAAUCUGUACAAAUAAAGUCAUCUACAUUAUCGUGAUUGAUCGCCCAAGUCAUCUACAGCAUCUUCGUCAAUCUGAAAAAAAAUAUUUAAGUUAAUUAACAAUUACUGUAUAAACUAUGUAUAUUACAAAUAAAAAUUCUAAACAUGA